AAACUUUCAAACACUCUCUAAUUAGCUGGCAUAUCACUAGGUAUUUAGUUACAGAAAUGUUGAAAAUUUGUAAGAACUUGUUAUUUUCUGUUCACCUCUUUCAUUUCGAAGACGAAAAUUUUCAAUGCAAUCCGACUUACAUAACGAAAAAUCUUAAUCAUUAAAAAGCACUCAAGAGAAGGGGAAUUUAAUUUUACCCUCCUCACCAAAGGCAGGCGCAAAAGCAUUAAUAAACACAACAAGCUCUAAACAUGUGAGGAUUAGAUACUUUAAUAUAAUUAACAACUCAUGUCUGACUGGAGAAGGAGAUUGCAGGAAACUAUUUAUUGAUUCCUCCCAAGCCAGUAACUGGUACCAAUGUCUCCACCUGAACCUCUCUCUCUCUCUAAUGUCCUCUCAAGGCACAAUCCAUACUCACGCAUUGUUGCUAUUUUGGCUUAAGUGUCUUUGUUUCAUGACUCCUCAUAUAAUUGACUCUCCAUGUUCCUAAUUUUACCUUUAUUUACUUUUGCACUAACUUGUUGAGUUUUUUGUACAUGCCUCUAGCUUUGCAAAGGGUCUGCUAUUUUCAUUACUCAGCCUUUGUUUAUCUGCAAUGCUAUUUGUAUCUCCCGCAUUUUCAUCAGCAGUUAAAUUGAAGUUACUCUUUUUUUAAAGAUUCAAUUCGACAAUUUUUCCUGCCUGUCACGUAUUUCCUUCAAAUUUUAAGCUCUGAAAUCAGAACAUGAGCGUUUCUUUUGUCUUCAACUAUUAGUUGGCUCAUACUUCCAGUUAAGUGAUUUUGUUGAUGUGACAGUUAAGUUAUUUGUUUACCUUUUGGUAGUUGGAACUUGUGUGUAUGGCAGUACAUUAUCUCUCAUUAAAUUCCAACAAAUUAGUCAGUUAGCCAGAUGAAUUUACAACAUGUUUAAUGGAGACUUCCAUGACUAGAAAAUAGUAGGUAUCAUGCAUCGUGAUUGAUUUUUGGGCCACUGUAAGAAAUACUGCAAUUAUGACUGCAGUGAAAAAUAUCUAAACGAUGCCUAAUCUGUGUGAAGAUUGUGUCCAUCUCCACAAAUCCAAUGAAACGAGGCACUGGUGAUGGGUGGGAUUCUGUGCGGAGGCGCACGCUCUUCCGUUCAAACUGGCUCGAUCUUGGACCGUGUCAUUUCACAAGCAUCGAACGAAGAUGAUUGUCUACUGUAUCGACUCGCCAACUAUAAAAAUGGCGGUGAGCUCAUUGAUGCAUACAACAUUGGAGGCCAAGUCGAGGUUGAGAAGCUCAUCAAAGAGCAGUUUGGAGUUCUCAUGUACAAUGAUGGCAAAGGACAGAUCAUCAAAAGAGCAGAGUAUUUACGUUGGAAGUUCAGAGAUCAGCAACAGGUAACUCUACCUAUUGAAGCAUCUCUGAGUCCUCAUGAUCCCCUCGCCAAAUGGGAGGACCAUGAGGCUUGCUGGCAAAUGCAGUACAGAGGCUCCUUGGGUGAAACCUUAUUACACGUCUUGAUAAUCUGUGACACAAAAACCAACACUCGCCUGGCCCGCACAUUGCUUAAGUGCUUCCCUCGAUUGGCUCAAGAUAUUGUAGAAGGAGAAGAGUAUCUUGGUGCCAGUGCUCUUCACCUUGCUAUUGCAUACAAUAAUAACGAAUUAGUCCAGGAUUUGGUAGAAGCAGGAGCAAAUGUCAAUCAAAGAGCAAUAGGUAGCUUUUUCCUGCCCAAAGAUCAGCAAAGACCGAGACCUGCUAAACACACAGAUUACGAAGGUUUGGCUUACCUCGGAGAAUUUCCUCUUUCGUGGGCAGCCUGUUGCGCCAAUGAAUCAGUUUACAAUCUACUUCUAGAUUCAGGAGCCCAUCCAGACAUGCAGGACACUUUUGGGAAUAUGAUUCUGCACAUGGUUGUCGUUUGUGACAAGUUGGACAUGUUUGGUUAUGCUUUGAGACAUCCAAAACUGCCAGCCAGUAAUGGUAUUACCAACACAGCUGGCCUCACGCCUCUCACAUUAGCCUGCAAGUUGGGCCGUGCAGAAGUUUUUCGUGAAAUGUUAGAACUGAGCGCAAGGGAAUUUUGGAGGUACAGCAACAUAACAUGCUCAGCGUACCCUUUAAAUGCUCUGGAUACCCUGUUACCUGACGGACGAACUAACUGGAAUUCUGCUCUGUUCAUCAUUCUUAAUGGUACCAAAGAAGAACAUCUAGACAUGUUAGAUGGUGGAAUCAUUCAACGAUUACUGGAGGAGAAGUGGAAAACGUUUGCAAGACGCCAGUUUUUAAAGCGGCUGGCAAUUUUGUUUCUCCACCUUCUCAUGCUAAGUAUGGCCGUAUACCUGAGACCAGUGGACAGGGAGCAGCCUCUUAUAGGAGGAGAUGACUGGUCGGAUAUUGCGCGAUACGGUUUUGAAGUUGGCACUAUCAUGGGCGUUUUAUCGUAUCUAGUUGUACAACAAGGUGGGGAGAUUAAGAAUCAAGGUCUUGGAAGUUUCUUGAAGCAAUUGAUGGCAGAACCAGCCAAAGCAAUAUUCCUUGUUUCAAAUCUUCUAAUUCUGGCUUGCAUCCCUUUUCGGAUGGCAGGGGACUCGCAAACAGAAGAGGCUAUUUUAAUUUUAGCCGUUCCUGGGUCAUGGUUUCUACUAAUGUUUUUUGCUGGGGCUGUGCGGCUGACUGGUCCCUUUGUUACAAUGAUCUACAGUAUGAUUACUGGUGAUAUGUUUACGUUCGGAAUUAUCUACUCAAUUCUUUUGUUUGGGUUCUCUCAGUCAUUCUAUUUCUUGUACAAAGGCUCGCCAAAUGUGAAGCAAACUUUAUUUCACUCUUAUCCAACAACUUGGAUGGCUCUCUUCCAAAUUACUUUGGGUGACUAUAAUUAUCCAGAGUUGGCUUUCACCGUGUAUCCAACUCUGAGCAAGAUAGUUUUCACUAGUUUCAUGGUUCUGGUGCCGAUCUUGCUGCUGAACAUGUUGAUCGCUAUGAUGGGUAACACCUACGCUCAUGUCAUAGAACGCAGUGAAAAGGAAUGGAUGAAGCAAUGGGCGAAAAUUGUUGUUGCUCUGGAGCGAGCUGUUCCCGCAGCAGAUGCGCAUAACUAUUUGCAAGAGUACAGCAUAAAACUAGGGCCUGGCGAUGAUCCAUCAACGGAACAAAGAGGUGUCAUGGUAAUCAAAAGUAAGAGCAAAACACGUGCCAAGCAAAGAAAAGGAGCUGUAUCCAACUGGAAGCGAGUUGGUAAAGUCACCAUCAAUGAAUUACGGAAGCGAGGAAUGACAGGUGAACAGCUGAAUCGAAUCAUGUGGGGACGAGCUUCCAUAUCGACACCAGUUCGACAGCCUGCCAUGGCUCUAUUACUUGAAGAUAGUGAAGAAGAAAAUGCUGCAAACAAUACUGGUCCAUUUGGUGGAGCGCUGACAGCUGCCUUGGACGUAAUGGCCUUCACCCACGACAUAGACUUAAAUAUUGGUCAAACGCCGGUCACAGUUUCUGGCCUUGGUGGUGUUUCCGUUCGCAGUGGAGCUGAAGGUCUUCCUCCAGAACAACCAUUCCAUGACCCAUUCCGGCAGCUGGUGAUUGAAGCAGAAAAUCCUCAUAUUGAUGAAUCCGAAUUAGCAGCUCUUGCAAAUGCUGCUGCAAUGUCCGUUGUUGCGCCUGAUGAUAUUCCGACUCCUGUGGUUACACCUGAGCCUGUAUCUGCAUUACCUCGAUUGCCCUCUCUUCAUCUAGAACCAAGUGACAGUGAUGGACUUGGAGAUGGACCUCUUCUUGGAAGAGGUAGUCGUGUGCGCAGAGUUCGUUCUGCACAUCUGAAGCAGCAAAAAGCAUCUUCUACGAAUGGGAAUGGCUAUUCAGACAGACAAAGACUUUUUUCAUCUAAGAAUGAAGACUCAAGUUCAAAUACUUCAUUAGAUUUCGACCUGACAAAUCCUCCUUCUCAAUUGAGGCUCACUCCACCUCCUAGACCGGUAACAGCUGAAAUUGUGGCUGUAAAUCCGAAGAAAUACAUAGGUGGAAACAGUCAAGAGAGGUUAAGGCCAAAAACAGCUAAAGUCAACAGGGUUGCGCCAACCCCCGAUGUUCCUGUGCGUCGAGGGAUUUCUGCUAAUGGUAUCCCAGAAUCACUGCCGUCUCCACCUGAUCCACUAGAGCCAUGGAGCACUCGUAAUAUCGUCAAUAUGAAUGCAAUUCUUGCAUGGCAGCAAAGUGAUCAGGAUAGUUUGUAAUUAAAUUUUUAUAAGAAUAUGAGGACUUAUCUGUAACAAGAACGGAUGUCAAGUUUUCACAUUGUGAGAAAAUAGCAUUUGAAGUUUUCGAAGCUUUGCACUUUGCCGCCCGUAGAACCGAGAGGAUUUUCAUAAAGAUUUUCAUGAAGAGCAACCCUUCCUGUAAAAAACACACGUUUUGCGAUCUAUGUAAGUGAAAAAUUGAAGGAGUAACAACGAUUGGAAAAAAAUGUGACAUCCGCUGUUUUUACUGAAAAUGUUUUUUUACGCAUGAAACAAAGUCUUCAGGAUGGUUAAGGCUGGUGAAACGAUUGAAAUGAACCAAAAGUAAGUCAAUGCUGAGUCAUUUAAUACAAUUGAACGAAAAACUAGACCGUUUGUAACUUCUAGAACAAAAAUAAGGAACAAAUUAUAAAAUCAGUUAAAAAAUCAAUAAUUCUGGCGAGACUGUCCCGAUACAUAUAAUUUGAGUGUCAGCUAUGGCCCAUGGUCGGUGCACGGGCAGUUAUCGCAAGUGGAUUCGAAUCUCUACCAUGUCCUGCCGCGCCGGCGGGGGAGAACAGUGGAUUCUCACAUCCGCUGUUUUUAGAAAUAACAUGGUUUUCAGUUCCUAUCUCGCCGAAAAAUUGUCCUAGAAGUCUUAACUUUGCACAGGCAUUCUUGAGGGUUCCAGCAUUUGAAAAAAGCGUUUGCCCUAAAAAUUGCGGAUGUCAGCAACCGCUGUUGUUACAUAUAAGUCCUCAUAUAUUAAUUUAUUUACCCACUUAUUCCAACACUCCUCGUUCACUUUUCAAUGUUCAAAAUGAUUAUUUUUAUUUGCUCUUUUUUAUCCAAAUAAAUGAAGGUAGUCAAACAAU